AUGGUCAAAGUCGGUGACUCAAUCCCUUCCAUCGAACUCUACGAGACUACGCCGGCCACCAAGGUCGACUUGUCUAAAGAGCUCAAAGGCAAGGGUCUCAUCAUCGGCGUCCCGGCUGCGUUCAGGUAUGUCGAGCAUGCUGAAACGAAAGAUGCCGGCCAAGUGUUUGUUGUAUCGGUCAAUGAUCCGUUCGUAAUGGCCGCUUGGGGCAAAACUCUUGACCCCACAAGUAAGACUGGUAUCCGCUAUCUUGGAGAUCCCGCAGGCAAGUUCACCGAAGCUCUUGAUCUCACUUUCGACUCGGCCGCCAUCUUUGGCAACAAUCGUAGCAAGCGGUACGCGCUGGUGGUCGAGGACGGGAAAGUCAAGAGCGCUCACGUUGAACCUGAUAACACUGGCGUAGAUAAAUCUGCAGCAGAGAAUGUGCUUGGUUGA